AUGGCGCCGUCGCACAGGCAGGGAGGAGACCGGCUGAGCGCUCUCCCCGACACGGCGCUGGAGCGCGUCCUCUCCCACCUCGAGUCCGACGAGGCCGUGCGCACAAGCGGGCUCGCACGCCGAUGGCGGCGCGUCCACGAGGGCGUCCCCGUCGUCCACCUCGUCGACACCAAGACCGGCGAACGGAACCGCGGCUUCGGCGAGCUCAAGGUCUGCUACGACCACCAGGUGACGAGCGCGAUCAUGGGCAAGGGCUCGGGGACGCCGAUCCGCGUGCUGCGCCUCGACGCCUUCUACCCCCCGUACGAUCUGCUCGACCAGUGGAUCGUCACCGCCGUGAACUCCGGCGUCGAGGACCUGGACGUCGAGCUCAGGUACCGCGAGUCCGGCCUGGGUGGCCGCCUCUGCCCCUUCACGCCCGACCUCUACGGACGGAAAAACUCGGCGGACUUCGACAAGAGCGACCGUAACAGGUACACCCACACGCAGCGCCACAUCUUCGGGUGCCCCACGCUCCGCCGCCUGCGCCUGGUGGGAUGGAGGCUCGACAUGCCGGAGAACUUGGCCAUGACCAUGGCGUCGCUAGAGACGCUCUGCCUCGCGAGGAUCAUGGACCCGCGCGGGGAGCUGCAGCGGCUGAUCUGGAGCUGCCCGCGCCUCGCCAGCCUGACGCUGGAGCAGUGCCCGAGCAUCAUAGAGAUCACGGUGGCCAGCCCCUGCCUGCGGAGCUUUGCCAUGAUCUGCUGCCACCACGCCACCGGCGUCGAUCUGCAGACCACCUGCCUAGAGUCGCUGCACUACAAGGGCGGCCUUCCUCCCCGCGGCUCGUCCUUCAUCACCGUCGCAAACUACGACGGAGUCAAGGCGGUGAGGAUCGAAAUCUGCGAGAAGCUCUCCAGCAAAGCACCAGACGACAUCGCACCGGUCACUACGCUCAUCCGCAGCUGCAAGAAGAACCUAAAGUAUCUCCACCUUUCCUUGCGCCCGUCGAUGGCCUACUACAGCAGCCUGUUCACAAGCCUCCUGCGCUCCCUAGACAGCCUCACGCACCUGAGCCUCCAGGGCUGCUUGCCCACCGAAGACGCCGUCCGGUCGGUCUCUGCUUUGCUUGUCGACGCCAAGAACCUGAAAGUACUGUCGCUGUUUCCUCUGGGUCCAGAGCCUCCAAAGAACAAGAGUAUGCGGAUGUACAGGGACCAAGACGAUGACAAAUCAGAUUCAGAUAGUGAGCCAGAAGAGGGCCCGGCCGUCAGCGAUGGCGUCCAGUACCGAAUGCCCAAGACUCUGUGGAAGGUGCAGGUCAGGUGCUUGGCUUACAAGAUGAGAAGAAUCAACAUUGGAAACUACAAAGGGCGGCCUCUCGAAAAGAUGCUUGCAAGGUUUCUGCUCUCCAGGGCUGCAGCGUUGGAGGAAUUCUCUGUCACCUUAGCAGCUGAAGUUCAUCCGCAGAAGGAUGAGAUUACAAAGGAGUUACUAUCCUGGCGACAAAACCGCCGUACUAGAGUAAUAUGCAAGUAG